AUGAGCGUGUCCACGGGGAUCCAAGAGGCGAGAAAGGCAUUCGUCAGCCCCGAGCACGGCCAUGACGACCUGAUUGAGCUUCUCUGGAACUGCCUGGGGCCUAGCCCCGACGGUGAUCUCGACUACAAUGGCCUGCAGCGGGGUUUCCGGCGGCUCGACCAUCCCAUGAAGAAUGCAGACUCGAUGGUCAAGAAGAUUCUAAACGAGGUCGACAGCAACGGCGAUGGCAAAAUCCAAUAUCAAGAGUUCAAAAACUUUGUCCAACGCGCGGACAAGGAGCUCUCCUCCCUCUUCAAGGCCAUUGACAAGGAUGGCGACGGAAAGCUCGACAUGGCGGAGCUCAAGGCCGCCUUCAAAGCUGCCGGCCUAACUGUGUCCAGCAAGAAGCUCGACUGCUUCUUCAACGACAUGGACAUCAAUCAUGAUGGCUACAUUUCAUAUGAAGAAUGGAGAUAUUUCAUGCUCUUUAUGCCCGCUCACGAAGCCGACUCAAAACUGCAAGCCGUGCUAACAUAUUACGACGCCGUGGUAAAUGUCACCCCUGAAGGCGACUCUGUCGUGAGCGACGAUACUUUGGAAGGCUUAGCCACCCCUGUGCCUUCUCCUCCUCCUCCUCCUCCUCACACCUCACAAGUGUAUAGUGAUACGCAAACUUCAUUGGCAUCUCUAUCACCAUCGUCGCCAUCAAUAGGCGAGGGGGAGGCAAUCAUGAUUUUGAUGGAUGACGAUGCGGAGGGCGCGGCAGAUGCUGUUGCGCAAUCACAAACAAGAGAACCCAGCGAUGGCACCCCGGAGUUUGAUGAGAAUGAAGAUGGCGAUGUUGGUGUUGCGCCCAGAUCAUUUAAACUGACAGACUUUGCCCCCCAUCCAGGUUAUUUUCUCGCGGGUGCCAUUGCUGGAGGUGUGUCGCGAACUGCAACCGCGCCUCUCGACCGAUUAAAGGUCUAUCUACUCGUGAACACGCAAAGCCGCGGCGAAACGGCGGUGGCGGCGUUCAAGAGGGGCAAGCCGCUGAUUGCCCUAAAAAAUGCUGCGCGACCUUUUAGCGAUGCCAUAAAAGAUGUGUAUCGGUCUGGAGGAUUUCGCGGCUUCUUUGCUGGCAACGGGUUAAACGUGAUCAAGAUCAUGCCCGAGACGGCGAUUAAAUUCGGCUCGUAUGAAGCUGCUAAAAGAGCAUUUGCAAACUUGGAAGGUCACGGAGACCCGCAAAUGAUUAACACGUUUUCCAAAUUCACCGCGGGCGGUUUAGCCGGAAUGAUUGCGCAAUUCUGCGUGUACCCCCUUGAUACCCUGAAAUUCCGGCUGCAAUGUUCAACGGUGGAAGGCGGUCCUAGCGGCGUGGCUUUGAUGCGACAAACGGCCAUCAAGAUGUACGCGGACGGCGGCAUCCGAGCCGGGUACCGUGGUGUGACGAUGGGCCUGGUGGGCAUGUUCCCGUACAGCGCGAUUGACAUGAGCACAUUUGAGUUUCUCAAGAAGACGUACCGUGCGAGGAUUGCCAAGCAGCUGGGCUACCAUGAAGACGACGUGGAGGUAGGCAACGUGGCGACGGGCAUCAUCGGCGCGACAUCAGGUGCCUUUGGAGCGACGGUUGUGUAUCCGCUCAACGUCGUGCGAACGCGACUGCAGACACAAGGGACGGCAAUGCACACGGCGACAUACAACGGCAUCUGGGACGUGACGCAGAAGACGAUACAGAAAGAGGGCGUGCGGGGUCUGUACAAAGGUCUGACGCCGAACCUGCUCAAGGUGGCACCUGCGCUGAGCAUAACGUGGGUCGUGUAUGAGAACUCGAAAAAGGUUCUCGGACUGCAUUAG